AGGCCUUUGUUCUUGGCUGUAAAAUCUCUCCCCCCACUUGCUAGUUGCUACUGUGUAAUUUUAGAAUCGUUAGAAAUGCUUUGCUAGCAGAGUUAGAGUAAGAAUCGCCUCCCCGGGUAUUCCUUCAUGAUGACGAAGCUGAUUUUCCUACCCGUUCGCAUGUUUAGAAGUAGUACUAGGGCAGCGCUAAUAUUGUUGUUUUGCAGCCAAACUGAAACUGCCCCCCGAGCCCGACUUUUUAUCACUGAAGAGUCGUCGUUGUUGUACUAUUUUCUAUCGGAAAUAAGAAGAUCAUCAACCUCACGAACAAGUACAACAUGGGGCGAACCAGUGGUCCAGGUCGUGUCGGCCAGAAGAACAUCAACCUUGAAGCGGAGUAAGAGAAGUUCCCCGCCGCUGGUCCCACCACGGCGGGGGCCACGGCCCCGAGGUCUACUUCGUGCUGCGGGGAUGAAGAGAGAGCAGCAGUCUAGUAGAAAAUCUGCUUCUGGGCCUACUGCCACCGCAUCAUUUACAUUUUCGAAGACACAUCCCCGAACAGGAGUAGAUGGCGUCGCAAGCAUUUCAUUCUUGGUCGAAGGUGCGACUAGAAGUACAACUUCCGCCGGGAAUACGACGAGGGAUGUAUCGGUCAAGACGGAAAGCGAAUCGGACUCUCAGGCACGAGGGUCGCGUUUUUGGUCGGGGAAGGGAGGCGGGGGUCGGGGAAGCGAGGGCAGGGGUGCCGACCGCGGCGCCCAG